AUGUAUCUUGAAUGCAACUUUCCUAUCAAAGCCGACACUUCGGACUCUUAUUUAUCAGCACUUACACACCGAUGUAACUUUUUGAGAAAUUUGGGAUGGCAAGGAGUUGCUCUCAACAUUACCAUUGACUCAACUAACAUUGGACAACAGAAUCAAAUCAUUCAAGAGGUUUUUCCUAAAAUUGUUAAAUAUGUGAGCGACGAGUUGGAACAACACAAAAUUCAACUCAAUUCUAAAAUUUCCUUCAUUGCUCCUUUUCGUAAAAAUUCAAACGCAACCUCUUCCAUUUACAAUCAAGACGGAGGAAAGGAUUUCAAGAUUUAUACACGCUUGACCUAUGCAUCGGAUCUCCAUAAGAAAAUUGUGAAUAUGAAUUUUGAGGAAGAUUUAUAUCAGAGCAUUGACAUUAUUGCUCUUGAUUUGUCAUUAGGGCAGCAUUUAACAGCAGAUAAUAUGAUUACAUAUUUAAGCACAAUUUGUACAAAAUCGAGUGUUGAUUUGCUAAGUUUUAAACCUCCCUUUGAUCUUACGUUAGAUACAGUCAUUAGAAAGUCGAAAAACAAACUGAAAGAAGCCAUCAGAAGAAAUGUUUGUAUGGAAUUUUGUUACGGAGAUGUUGUAAAUUCUAAGGAGUCUCUGUCCAAGUUUGGAAUUUCAAAUUGGAUUCAAUUUUUGAUCGUUCUUAUUCGUAAUUUUAAAACCAAGCAAUUAAUAUUCUCGAAUGGAAGCUCGAAAAUGUUAAGCACAGCUAUAAUGCAAGAUGUCAAUCAAUUACCAUUUAUUAGAUCACCGCAUGACGUUGCGAACAUUGUUGGCUUGUUCGGCCUUAGUUUUGUAGUAGGAAAGUCACUCAUUACAACCAAUACUUUGCAUGCACUCAAGCACGCAGAAAUGAGAAAAGCCAUUCGAGGUGUGGUGAAAGUGACUGAACUAUCUCUCGAUUCGAGCAAAAAGAGAUCGUUGGAUCAAUCCAUGGAGGAUGAAUAA